AUGAACUGUUAUUUGUGGGCAAUAAUAGUAAAUGUUGUGAUUACGAUACCGUUAUCAUUGGCAUUGCCUCGUCGUCAUCAGCUCGCCUUGCAACAUCCUGAAGUAUCAGAAUUGCGUGAAGAAGAACAUCGUCAUCUCGAUCCUCUAUCACCCGAAGACGCAAAGAAUUACCUUCAAAAAUAUGGUCAUAUCGCUCCGAGCAAUGUGCUUGGAGCGAAUGUGCUUGGUCGCUCCCGAGCAGAAAAUCGUGAAGACCUCAGAGAGGUUCUCCGCAAAGGAAUAAUGAGUUUUCAAAGUUUCGCUGGCUUGCCACAGACUGGUGAAAUUGAUGAGGAAACGGCUACGAAAAUGACUUAUCCGAGAUGUGGUGUGGCUGAUGUUUUAUCGUUUAGAGUCGCUGGUCAGUAUUUAACACUUCAACAAGUGAAUGUCGAGUUGAUCAUCGAUCUACAGAUCAAUAUUGAACAAACAGAAAAUGAACACUUCUCACUCAUAAAAUGA